AUGGCAGCUAAGUUCAUCGUUCUCUUGUGCGCGGUAGCGACCGCUCGUGCCGGUGGCCUGUAUGGUGCCUCAUAUGCUGCCCCAGUGGCUGCUUACGCUGCAUCACCUCUGGCUUACGCCGCUGCUCCCGUCUACAAGAGCUACGCUCCAUCUGUGUCCUACGCAGCACCAGCGUACUCCGCAUAUGCUGCACCUACAGUUGUUAAGACUGUUGCGCCAGCUGUGUCAUCGGUCUCUUCGUACUCUUCCCACACUUCUCACGGAUCCCCACUCCUGACUAAGGCCGUCGCUCCAGUCGCGUACACCAGCUACGCUGCUCCAUCAGUUGCCUACUCCGCUCCUUUAAGCUACGCCGCCCAUGCUGCCCCUGUAGCCACCUACGCUGCUCACGCCGCUCCAGUAGCAACUUACGCUGCUCACGCCGCUCCAGUAGCAACUUACGCUGCCCAUGCCGCCCCCGUUGCUUACGCUGCCCACGGUCCAGUCGCUUACUCCACCCCAUUGUUGAAGUACUCCGCGGCACCCUCUGUCUCCCAUGUCUCAUACAGUGACCUCUCCCACAACUACGGCUGGUGA